AUGAAGAGUCUCCAGACUCUCCUAACAGCCCUGCGCUGGUCCCAACCACCAGCAGGGCCCGCAGGAGCAAUAAGCACACAAACGACGACACACGGUUCGUCGAAGCACUGCGCGCCCACGACCUUCCGCUUCCCCGCGCUCGAGGGCGCAGACGUCGUCAGGGUCCUCGCGCAGCCCGUCACGGACCUGGGCGCCCCGACGACGAGGACGCCCGCGACGACGCCAGAGGGCCGCGCAGCCAUCCCGAGUUCGGGCGUCAGCUUCUGCAACGUCACGGUCGAGUACGUCCACGCGGGCUCUGACGACCUGACGCGGGUGCAGGUCUGGCUGCCGCCGGCGGGGGCGUGGAACGGGCGGUUCGUGGGCGUCGGGGGCGGGGGGUACUCGGCCGGGCAGUUUGGGAGCGAGAAGAUUGUCGCGACGCUGGCGGAGGGGUAUGCGACGAGCGCGACGGACGCGGGACAUGACUAUCGAACGUGGGAGGAGGCGCCGUGGGCGCUGAACGACGACGGGACCAUCAACGAGAGGCUACUGACCAACUACGCGCACGUCGCGGUGCACGACAUGACGGUGAUCGCGAAGCAGAUCGUGGCGCAGUUCUACGCCCGGCCGGCGGCGUACUCGUACUGGAGCGGGUGCUCGACGGGCGGGCGGCAGGGCGUCAUCGAGGCGCAGCGGUACCCGGGGGAUUACGACGGGAUCCUCGCGGGCGCGCCGGCGGUGAACCAGCCGAGCCUGAUCGUGAGCACGUACUGGCCGCAGUUCGUGAUGAACCGGAUGGGGGUGUACCCGCACGUGUGCGAGCUGGUCAUGAUGACGCGGCUCGCGGUCGAGGCGUGCGACGAGAUGGACGGGGUCAGGGAUGGUGUUAUCGCGGACCCGGACGCGUGCGACUUCGAUCCGGAGAGCGUUGUCGGGAGGGAGCUGGACUGCGGGGAUAAGCGGAUGAACAUGUCGGCUGCGACGGCGAGGAUUGCGAGGGAGAUCUGGCGCGGGCCGCAUGACGCGGAGGGCAGGCCGCUCUGGCUCAAGGGGUACCCGAUCGGGGCGCCGUUCACGGGGCGGUUCGGGCUGGGGAACGUGAACUGCAGCGUGCCGGACCGGCCGUGUACGGGGCACCCGUUCCGGAUGUCGGUGGAGUGGAUCCGGAACCUGGUCCACAAGGACCCGGGGUACGACGUGGCGGGGAUGGACUACGCGGAUCUGGAGGCGGCGUUCGAGCAGAGCCGGAGGGAGUACGAGGGGCUGAUCGGGGCGAACGACCCGGACCUGAGCGAGUUCAAGAGGCUGGGCAAGAAGAUGAUCAGCUGGCACGGGCUGGCGGACGAGUGCGUCACGAUGCGGACGUCGAGGGACUACUACGACAAGGUGCUGGAGAGGGACGGGAAGGCGGACAGGUACUACCGUCACUUCGAGGCGCCGGGGCUGUAUCACUGCUACGGGCUCAACGGGACGUUUUAUCCGCUCAAGGGGCUGGAGACUCUGCGGGCAUGGGUCGAGGAGGGGUCGUUUCCGGAGGUGUUGGAGGGGUUUAAAUUGAGCGGGGGCAACGAGAGCGACGCGCCUACGAGGCCUUUGUGCGCGUAUCCUGCCAAGUCGAAGUUCAAGGGCGGCGACCCUGAGAGGAGGGAUUCAUGGGGUUGCGAGAAGGAGGACGGAGGUUGGUACAGCACGUGGGGGAGGGAGGAGUUGUAA